AUGGGCUACUCUGAAGUUCUCUGCCACAUUUGUGGCGUCAGUUUCAACAUCAACCGCUCUCGAACAGACAAAGAGCCUCGAAGCGCAGCCUGGGGUUAUCAGACCCUUGCGAUGAACCCUGAAAACAGUCACGGUCGGUGGGGAUGCUACUACGUGAAGAGAGACGGAGUUCAAGACCCUGGGGCUGCCUCACUGGAGACAGUCAAGUAUAUCCCGCCUAAAAUGGAACCAGAAGAUUCAUCCGACGAUGGAUGGACAUCGGACACGCCGGAUGAUGAAUGGGAACACAUCGCAGGACCAGAGUGCGAGUACAACGGAGCCUAUAACGGGAAUCACAUCUCCGCAGAGGCCAUGAAAGGCUGUCAAACAUCCCAGUGCCUUGUACCAAGAGGCAAUGAUUGGCAGCCGGAGAUAAACGACCAGGACUUUGAAACUUCGGGUAAAUUCUUCCUCAGCGGUUUGUCCGACGACAUGCCCAGUAGAGAUAUGGGUUGGCCGUCUGUUUCUCCCGCGCGUCAUGGCAUGGACGAUGUCAGAGCUGAGAACAUCAUUUGGGAUGCUGAAGAUGCGGACGAGUACUGUAUGCCUUUUCAUCCGGCCUGCUUCGAGAUAUUCAAGAGAGCUUCUCUAUAUCGGUAUGGAAGCGUUGAUGUUCAGUGCUUGAUGCAAUGGUGGCGUCUCGAACCAGAGUACGAAGACUUCCAUGGCUUUCCCCGUCAUCCCGCUGUCAAAGCGGCUGCUGAGCAGUGGUGGAGUCACGAACGUGGAGGUGAAUUCCUAGUGGCCAACCCUUGCUUCGUUCCUGGACUAGACGAUCUCCUGCAAUCGACACAGAGCGUGGAACAUACCCUUGGAAACGAGUCUAGCCCUUCUGGAAGUAUCGUAUCAACGGAACCAGCCCCUUCCGACCCAUUCUCAAAGCUCCCUAGCGAAAUGAUUCGUGAGAUUCUUAUCCAUCUCCGUUUCAAGGACCUUGCCAACCUGCGACUCACCUCUCGCGUAUUUCUGCAUCUCCCGAACACGGUUUUGUACGAGUUGACAGUUCAAGAGACUCCUUGGUUGUAUGAGGCAUGGUCAUCGUUGCCUAUCUCUUUCUGGGCAACAACGACUCAAGCAGAGAUCGAACGCGGAGGUAGCAUUAACACAACUCCUCAUCCAGUCAAGCUGCUCGGAAAAGGUGAAACAGACUGGCUCCGUCUUCAAAUGGAGCUGUCAAGGAAUUGGAAAACCAUGCUUGGGCUGCAGAAUCGACGCAGAAUCUGGAAUGAUUGCCAGGAGAUCUUGAAUCGGGUGGAUGAAUACCGAAAUCAGGGCAAGAUCUGA